GAUCAGCGUCCAUCCACCUCAUGCAGAAGACCUGCCAAACGCUCUCGCAGAGAAACAUAUGUGAAGGGUUCAUUGCUGGGAAGAGGUGGAUUCGGCUCUGUGUUUGCUGGGACACGCAGGUCUGAUGGACUGCCAGAAGGACAUGGCCGGCUGCCGCUGGAGGUGGCAUUGAUGACUCUGGUGAAUUCAGCUCCUGCCUGCCCCAAUGUCCUGCAGCUCGUGGAGUGGUUUGACAGUCCCGCUCAAUACAUCAUGAUCCUGGAGCGUCCGGUUCCUUGCCAAGAUCUCCAGAGUUUCUGUGAGGAGAUCGGCUACCUGGAUGAGAGCCUGGCCAAGAAAGUGCUGCAGCAGCUCAUCAGCGCGUUGAAACACUGCGAAAGCCGCGGAGUCCUGCACCGGGACGUCAAGCCCCAGAACCUGCUGAUUUCCACGGACUCACAUGAAGUCAAGCUGCUGGACUUUGGCUGUGGAGACCUAGUAAAGGACUCGGCCUACAGAUGGUUUUCAGGCACUCUUCAGUACGCCCCUCCUGAAUGGUUCGGUCAGCGUCGCUAUCAUGCAGGACCGGCUACUGUUUGGUCAGUCGGGGUGACUCUCUAUAAAAUCCUGUGCGGGUGGUUGCCCUUCAGAGUCACACGGAGAGUCACCUCCAAAAGCAUACUGCGCUUCCCUCGAAAGCUGUCUACAGGCAAGAGACACAAAUCCUGUGACGUUUGUUGUUUUGUGUUGCUGAACACAAGUGCUGUGUUGUGUGUAACAGAGUGCCGUCAGUUGAUCAGCUGGUGUCUCAGUGCAGAGGCGGCAGAUCGGCCCACUUUAGAUGACAUUGAGCUCCACCCCUGGUUAAACUGAACAGGUGGACAAUGACUUUACAGAAAUCACAAUCACUGCAGUCUUUGGUUGGGUUGUAUGGUCAGGAUCAGUCUAGAUAAAUGGCUUGAAUGAUUUGUACUGACACAGAAACUGUAGAGAACAGCUUCCUCUGGGCACCAAAAGAAAAGAGGAGAAGAACAUCAGCUUUCUCUCCUCUUCUUCAGUCUGUGAGGAGCUCUGUGUAGAUGCUGGAGGAGCUGAACAUGCAGCGCCAGCUGAAACCCGAGCUCUGAUGGGAUCAGAUAGAAGCUAAAUAUAAUUGUAUAUAUGUAUAUUAAUUGUGUAAAUAAAUGUUUUGUUUUGUAUUUAAAGUAG